AUGCUCGUCCGCGCCCUGCUGCUCUGCGCAGCCCUGGCUCUCCGCGCUGCAGCAAAUCCUUGCUGUUCCAACCCAUGCCAAAACCGAGGUGUAUGUAUGAGUGUUGGAUUUGACCAGUAUACGUGUGACUGUACUCGAACAGGAUUCUAUGGGGAAAACUGUUCAACACCUGAAUUUAUGACAAGAAUAAAGUUACUCCUGAAACCCACUCCAAACACGGUGCAUUACAUACUUACCCACUUCAAGGGAGUCUGGGACAUUAUCAAUAAUAUUCCCUUCCUGAGAAAUGCAAUUAUGAAAUAUGUGUUGACAUCCAGAUCAGAUUUGAUUGACAGCCCACCAACAUAUAAUGCACACUACGGCUAUAAAAGCUGGGAAGCCUUUUCGAAUCUCUCCUAUUAUACCAGAGCUCUUCCUCCUGUGGCUGAUGACUGCCCGACUCCCAUGGGUGUGAAAGGGAAGAAAGAGCUUCCUGAUUCAGACAUGAUCCUGGAUAAAUUUAUGAUAAGAAGAGAGUUCAUUCCUGAUCCCCAGGGCACAAAUUUGAUGUUUGCAUUCUUUGCCCAGCACUUCACCCAUCAGUUUUUCAAGACAGAUCAUAAGCGAGGACCAGCUUUCACUAAAGGACUGGGUCAUGGGGUGGAUUUAAAUCAUGUUUAUGGUGAAACUUUGGAUAGACAGCAUAAACUGCGCCUUUUCAAGGAUGGAAAACUGAAAUAUCAGGUAAUUGAUGGAGAGGUAUAUCCUCCCACAGUCAAAGAUACCCAGGCUGAGAUGAUCUACCCGCCUCAUGUCCCUGAACACCUGCGGUUUGCCGUGGGCCAGGAGGUGUUUGGUCUGGUGCCUGGUCUGAUGAUGUAUGCCACCAUUUGGCUGCGCGAACAUAACAGAGUGUGUGAUGUGCUUAAGCAGGAGCAUCCAGAAUGGGAUGAUGAGCGGUUGUUCCAGACAAGCAGGCUAAUACUGAUAGGAGAAACUAUUAAGAUUGUGAUUGAAGACUAUGUACAACACUUGAGUGGCUAUCACUUCAAACUGAAGUUUGACCCAGAGCUGCUUUUCAACCAACAAUUCCAGUACCAAAACCGCAUCGCUGCUGAGUUUAACACUCUCUACCACUGGCAUCCCCUUCUGCCUGACUCCUUUCACAUUGAUGACCAGGAGUACAGCUAUCAACAGUUUCUCUACAACAAUUCUUUAUUAAUGGAACAUGGGCUUACCCAGUUUGUUGAAUCAUUCAGCAAGCAAAAUGCUGGCAGGGUGGCUGGUGGUCGAAAUCUUCCCGUUGCAGUACGAAAAGUAGCCAAGGCCUCAAUUGAGCAGAGCAGACACAUGAGAUACCAGCCUCUGAACGAGUACCGCAAACGCUUUCGGAUGAAGCCCUAUGAAUCAUUUGAAGAACUUACAGGAGAGAAGGAAAUGGCUGCGGAGUUAGAAGCGCUCUAUGGUGACAUUGACGCCAUGGAGCUGUACCCUGCCCUUCUGGUAGAAGAGCCUCGCCCAGAUAGCAUCUUUGGUGAGACCAUGGUAGAACUUGGAGCCCCCUUUUCCUUGAAAGGACUGAUGGGCAAUCCUAUAUGUUCUCCUCACUACUGGAAGCCUAGCACUUUUGGCGGUGAAGUGGGUUUUAAAAUCAUCAACACUGCCUCCAUUCAGUCUCUCAUCUGCAAUAACGUGAAAGGCUGCCCCUCUACUUCGUUCAGUGUUGGGGACCCACAGCCCACCAAGACAGUCACCAUCAAUGCGACCCCCUCCCACUCUGGACUGGAGGAUAUCAAUCCUACCGUACUACUAAAAGGACGUUCAGCUGAACUGUAGAAGCCUAUUGAUCAUAUUUAUUUAUUUAUAUGAAUGAUUUCUUUUAAUUAUUUAAUAUUUAUACUAAACUCCUUAUGUGACUUAACUUCAAAAGGGGGUCUAUCCUUGUGAAGAUUUUUGUGUCAAUGAUUUAAAGAUGUCUUUUCUCCGAGUUAAAGGGAAAAACAUGUCAUUUGACAUCUUUUUACUUGAAUUUCAGCUUAGACUUAUAGUAAGAGCCACAGCAAAGACGUUUGAAUAUUUAAAUGCUGUUACAAGAUGGCAAAAUGCUGCACAUUUCUUUCUCCAUUCCGAUUCUUACAGUGUAUCUUCCACGAUACAUUGGAAGCAACUACCUGCACACUGGUCCUUUGAUUUUCUUCUAGCCAUUUUGCUAAGAGGAGCUCUUCUGAUCAGUUUACUUCUUCUAUUUUGUUUCUCUGGUUUCAAGAUAUGAGUUCAUCUUUCUUUGGACUCUACCUAUAUUUUCUUAUCUGAACUUCUGCAAGUUUUCAGGAAAACCUCAGCUCAGGACUACUAUUUAGCUCCUCUUAAGAAGAAUAAAAGAAAACAAAAGCUCUCAAAAAAAAAAAAAAAAAGGCCUUGAUAAAAAGGUGUGCUCACAUGUU